CUGUAGAUCAUGGCAGUAAGAAGCCCAUUUUGUCCACUGUUGCUAAUGCUGCUGGGUCUGGCGUUGGACAGAGCCUCCACCCAUGCAUUCAACCCUAGUCGCCUUCAACAGCACAAAGUCCUCUUCCUCGACUGGCCGAAGGACUGUGGCCUGGCUCAUUUCAAACCGAACACUGUGGAGCGUAUCGUGUCAGGCAACGAAGCAAGACCCCACUCCUGGCCGUGGCAGGUCUCACUGCAGGUUCGUCCUAGAGGCAGUAAACAUUAUGUUCAUGUGUGUGGAGGGACUCUGAUCCAUAAGAACUGGGUUCUUACUGCUGCUCACUGCUUUCAGAAGGGAAAAGCAGAGGAUGCUAGUAGCUGGCGUAUCGUUUUGGGUAAGCAUCAACUGAAAAGAGCAGAGUCCGCUGAGCGUAUUUUCCUAGUGAAGAGGAUCUACAGGCAUGAGCACUUCCGUUAUCCAGCCCACAGUGAGCUGGACUAUGACAUCGCAUUGGUUAAAGCUGCCACAGACAUUCAGACCAGUAACGUCAUCCGCUAUGCCUGCCUGCCGCGCAAGCAGAUCAACCUUAAACCAGGGCACUACUGUUGGGUGACUGGCUGGGGGGACACACGAGGUGGGAAAGAAAAUGUGUCACUUGCUGAGGCUCUGAACCAAGCUCAGCUCCCAGUCAUUGACUAUAAGACCUGUCGGCAGAAGAAGUUCUGGGGUGACCGUGUGAGAGACUCCAUGAUUUGUGCUGGGUUCCGAGAUACAGAGGGGACCCCAGCCGCAUGCCAGGGUGACUCUGGUGGCCCUCUGCUGUGCCAGGUGGGGCGUGACCACUGGGAGGUCCACGGCAUUGUGAGCUUUGGUCCUAUCGGAUGCAUGGUGGAGAACAAGCCCAGUGUCUUCACUCGCACCACAGCCUACAUCCCAUGGAUAGAGGCCACACGCAUCAGGGACUUCUUCUUGCACUAAAUUCCAACCUCAAAGAAUUCCUUGCCCAUAUUUGUAGGCAAAGGAAGAGUCGUAAUAGCAACAGAUUUAGUGCCAUGUCCCGGGUCUGGGUCUGGCCCAUGAAACUGCUCAUCCAUUUGUGGUCUGUGCGCUGGGAGCUGGUGUACAGCAUCACAAACACCAACCACCAGGUUAGGGUAGUUUGCACCGGCUUGUGGAUUGUUUCACCGCUAUGCAUGUGACAUGGGCUUCGCUGUAGUACCCCAACUGCAAAGUUUUAACUGCUUUUAGCUAAAUCACAUUCGGCAAGCCAAGAAACAUCUGUAAAAUAAGUCCUGGCUAUUCAGCAUUGCAUUACACUCAUCAGUUCAGUUGGCCUCGUUUUUUUUCUGUAAGGACUGGCACAUACAUUUGCCCUAUCACAGGCAGUCCAACAUUCAGUUCUUAAGGUGCUCUGACGGUCAGCAUCAAGAAGAGACUUUCUCCCUUAAGAACAGUCUAACUGCAGUGGUUUUCACUGAACAGUGCAGAUAAUUUCCACACAGGAUGGAAAUUUAUCCUUUAUAUUUUACACUUUAAGCCGCUCUAAGGAAUUUAUCCAUAUAAUUUCUAUAAAUUCCUUCAUUUUAAUCUGUAUGAUCAGUAUUUUGAUAGGGAGUUUUAAUUAUUGUAUCAUUUAAUCUAUGCAUCUAUGGCUCACAAUUAUUCAAACUACAUGGAGAGUUUGGGAUAGUGGUAUAAUACUGCUCAAAUAAUAGGAUGAGUAACCAAUGAUUAUUCUGGUUGAGGUAUAUCACUGAAAGGAAUUUUUAAAAUGCUUUCACUCUGAAAAACAUGACCAUGUGUGCAUAUCGUUACAUGGACAUGCAUUCUGGAUUAUAAUUAUCAUUCAUCUGUACUCAUUGACUGUUGAAAUCAAGGUUGAUCUGCUUACAAAUAAAUAAUUUAUAAAAACU